UUGAAACGAAAACGCCUUGGCCAGGAAGUUGAUAUCCCCGAUAUUUGCACGUUCCACUUCCUCUUUUCUCGUUCGACUUCCAUUUGGCUUCAACAAGAAGUUGGUCGCCGUAACUCUUAGAUCGACUCUACGAUGUCCGGAGGUUUAGACGUAUUAGCCCUCAAGGAGGAGGAUGUAUCCAAAUUCCUUGUCUGCGGAACCCAUUUAGGGGCUACAAAUUGUAACCAUCAAAUGAAACAAUAUGUUUUCAAACGAAAACCAGAUGGUGUACAUAUCAUCAAUUUAAAGAAGACAUGGGAUAAAUUAUUAUUGGCUGCUCGUAUUAUCGCAGCUGUAGAGAAUCCAGCUGAUAUCUCAGUACUCUCAGCUCGACCUUAUGGUCAGAGAGCUAUCCUGAAAUUCGCCACCUACAUUGGCGCUACUCCCAUUGCUGGUCGAUUUGUGCCUGGUACUUUCACCAAUCAGAUUCAGGCUGCCUACCGAGAACCCAGAUUAAUUGUUGCUACUGAUCCACGAACUGAUCAUCAACCAAUCACAGAGGCUUCUUACAUCAAUGCCCCAAUUAUCUCCCUUUGUAACACAGAUUCCCCUCUUCGCCAUAUUGAUAUAGCUAUUCCAUGUAACAAUAAGGGUGUUCACUCUAUUGGUUUAGUCUGGUGGCUGUUGACUCGGGAAGUUCUACGUCUUCGUGGAACCAUCAGCCGAGAACAUCCCUGGGAUAUUAUGGUGGAUCUGUUCUUCUACAGAGAUCCUGAAGAGAUUGAGAAGGAAGAAAGAGAAGCUCUAGAGAAGGCCCAGGCUGCUAAAGAUAGUGCUGAAGAUCCAUGGCCUGAAUCAGGAACCGCUCCUCCAGCUAUUGCUGCCUCUACUGAAGUUACCGAUUGGGCCAGUGAAGCUAUCCCUGUCACUACCAAUCCUAUCCAAAGCUAUGCCGGCAACACCCAGGACUGGUCUGGUGCUGGUGGAGAGAAGGAUUGGUCUGGUGUUACAGGAACUGGAGCCGCAGCUGCUCCAGAAAGUAAAGAAUGGGCUUCUCAGGCACCUGCUGGAAAGAGUGAAUGGGGUGGCGGCAGCACUGAGCAAUGGUAGAUAACUCUAACCAGUCUUCUAGCUCAAUGACCAAUAAAAGAAUUGUCAAAUUCAAAAGAAAUAAAAGAAAAAUCAUCUUA